ACCUCAGACUUCAGCUGCUAAAACCACACUGCGCCCCUUUACAGUAGUCGCUGCGCUUUACCGGAACACGUUUAUUCGGAGUGCAACCUCAGACUUCAGCUGCUAAAACCACACUGCGCCUCUUUACAGUAGUCGCUGCGCUUUACCGGUGGAACACGUUUAUUCGGAGUGUUUGGAUAAAAACGUACGCAAUAUAAAUAUUAGUAAUUAGAAGACAGCUGAAGUGAUCUCCGCCUAAUCUCUUGGGAUUUUUGGCAGAACAGAAGAGUUACCAUGGAGUUGCCGGAUAUUCCUUUCCCUAUCAGCUCUCCAGAUGACUUCUACGACGACCCUUGCUUCAACACCAGCGACAUGCAUUUCUUUGAGGACCUGGACCCGAGACUCGUUCAUGUGGGUCUCCUCAAGCCGGACUCCGACCACCAUCACAAAGAGGACGAGCACAUCCGGGCACCGAGUGGGCACCACCAGGCCGGCAGGUGCCUCCUGUGGGCCUGUAAAGCCUGCAAGAGGAAGACCACCAACGCUGAUCGCAGGAAAGCGGCUACCAUGCGGGAGAGAAGGCGACUGAGCAAAGUGAACGACGCCUUCGAGACACUGAAGAGAUGUACGUCCACUAACCCAAACCAGAGGCUGCCCAAAGUGGAUAUCCUGCGGAAUGCCAUCAGCUAUAUUGAGUCUCUCCAAGGCCUGCUUCGUGGGGCCGGACAGGAGAGCAACUAUUACCCGGUGAUGGAUCACUAUAGCGAGGACUCGGAUGCGUCCAGUCCCCGCUCCAACUGCUCAGACGGAAUGAUGGAUUUCAAUGGCCCGUCUUGUCCACCAAGACGGAGAAACAAGUAUGAUAGCACCUACUUCAACGAAACACCAAAUGAUUCCAGACACAAGAAGAACUCUGUUAUUUCCAGUUUGGACUGCCUGUCAAACAUCGUGGAGCGCAUCACCACGGAAACCUCUGCCUGUCCCGCUGUUCACGACGGUUCCGAGGGUAGCAGCCCCUGUUCUCCCGGGGAUGGUUCCAUAGCGAGUGAGAACGGAGUCCCCAUCCCGUCCCCGAUCAACUGCGUCCCCGCCUUGCAUGACCCAAACACCAUCUACCAGGUGUUGUGAAGUCGGGUCGGUGGACUGCAUACAGUAAUUGUACAUUCUUCAAAACACAAUUUAUUCCUUAAGGGGAGAGAAAAUGCCAAAGACUUGCCAAAGGUCGCUACAAGGCUACACACCAAAGAAGUUCCGAUGCCGGCUUUGAAAGACAUUAAAAAAUGACGGUGUCCAAUUUCUGAAAGAACCCUUGGUCUACAUUGGAUAAUGUGUGUGUGUGAAUGUAUGUGUGUGAAUGUAUUUAUACUGUAGUAGGCCUAUGCUAUUCUAAGAUAGUACAAGUCUGAAUUCAUAUAAACGGAUACCAUUCUAUUUGUGAUCGACAUAAUUUAAUUAAGGGAUUAUCUGUAAUAUGACCAUUUCCUGUGGGCAAGGCGGAAACGCCUGAGAUAAAUUAAUCCGGAAAGUGAGGACCAUUUUGUAUAUGUGUAAAUAAGAGCUGUUUUGCAAAAAAAAAAAAAAAAAAAAAA